AUGGCGGCCGUGCAGCGACUCCUUCGGGCAGCCGCCUCCGGUGGUUCGGCGAUGGCGGCGGCGGCCAGGAGACGCAUGGCGUCGCUGGCGACGGAGCAGGCGCCGUCUGCGGCCGCCGGGUUCUCGUUCGCGGCGGAGGAGAGGGUCAGGCAGCGGCCGAUGGCGGAGAGGAACGUGCAGUGGGCGUUCCUGUGCUGCCCAGCGAGUGGUUGCGGUUGGUCAAGGCUGACAUGCUGGACUAUGGAAGCGUUGUGUCCGCGGUCGCUGGCUGUGAGGGUGUCUUCCAUGUUGCCAGCCCUGUCCCCUCCGGCAAAUCCUCCAACCCUGAGUACAUUUUACCACAGUAAUUUUUUGCAGGUAGAUAUCAUAGCUCCUGCUGUAAUUGGCACACUGAAGGUGUUGAAAGCUUGCUACAAGGCAAAAGUGAAGAGAGUUGUUGUGGAAUGGUAUUUCCUUUCUAAAACACUGGCAGAACAUGAGGCUUUUGCUUAUGCAGCAAAAACUGGGCUAGACAUUGUUACUGUUUGCCCAUCAUUGGUAAUUGGACCUUUGUUGCAACCUACAGUAAAUACAAGUGUUAAAAUCUUCUUCAGUUAUAUCAAAGGAGAUCAGGCGGCAGUCAAUAAUGGACCCAAGAAUCUAGUGGAUGUUCGUGAUGUCGCUGAUGCCCUUCUGUUGGCUUACGAAAAUCCGCAGGCAUCUGGACGAUACCUCUGCAGUUCACCAGCAAUAAGAGUCUCUGAUAUUGUAAACAUACCAAAGACCUCAUAUCCAACAUACACUUAUCCCCAAAAUGGGUGUUCCUGGGCUGCCCGGGCGUCCUGUCGCGCCUCCUCGGCGUGCCCCACAUCGCGACGAGCUCUUCUCCACCGGGCCACUUGCUGCUCAGGUGAGAGUGAGACACCUCUCCGUACCUCCAGGGUCCAGAUCGGCCCCGUUCUGCUCUGCGCUGAUCUGGACUUCGUUUUUAGUCGUGUGGAUCAGCGACAUGGUUGA